AUGAAAUAUUCAUUUAUUGAAUUGAAUGAUUUACCUAAUGAAAUUCUUAUGAUUAUUCUGAAAAAAUUGCACAAUGUCGAAAUACUCUACUCUCUAAUUGAUGUUAAUAAACGACUCAAUACAAUUGUACAUGAUCCAAUUUUUACAAGUUAUUUAACAUUGAUGACAUCUUCGUCUAAUUGUUUAUUUGAUCGACUUACUGAUACAAUACUUGAUCGAUUUUGUCUUCAAAUUUUACCUAAAAUUCAUCAUAAAAUCGAAUUUUUCAAUCUUGAAUCAUCAUCUAUGGAACGUAUUCUUCUUUUAACAAAUUAUCCUAAUUUAUAUGGACUUGGUUUAUAUAAUCUUGCAUCAGAAACGGCUAGAGAUCUCUUUACUGGUAAGAUUUUUGCUUCGAUUAAUUAUUGA